AAGAACAACAAAAAAUCUUACCGAAAAUCGACCAGUCCUCCUCGUAAGCCUCGAACACAACCGAACCGAAGAUGACGUCAUCCGGCAGGUAAAAAUGCGUCACCACAGCAUCGGAAAACGACUUCCACCGAUCCAACGAGGCCGUCCGCCCCUUGGAAAUUAAUUCCAAAUUCUCUAAACGCGUCCCCCCCCAAAAAACAGCCCCAAAAAAUCAGUAGCGUCACAAUUUUCUUGUACAUUAUUUCUGUUAUCUAUUUGAUAAGAUAAUUAUUGUAGAUGAGUGCGGCCCCAUUUUUAUAUUAUUAUUGAUUUAAAUUUAACCUUGAACGGUAAUUAUGUACUACACUAUAGCUGUCUUUGUCUAAAAUUGAGUUCACUUUUGGUUUAAAUGUCAGUGCAUUGUCAACAUAACCUCACAUAAAAUAUUAUAGUAAACAAAAGAUGGAUUUCUGGCAAAAUACUCUUGGGGCUCCCGUAAAAAUAGUCGCCCCCAUGGUGGACGCGAGUGAAUUGGCUUGGCGCAUGCUCAGUCGUAAAUACGGGGCCCAGUUGUGCUACACCCCGAUGUUCCACUCGGGUUUGUUCGCCCGAGAUCCGAAAUACAGGGCGGAGGCCCUAGCGACUUGUCCCGAAGACACGCCACUGAUAAUACAAUUUUGCGGGAAUGAUCCUGAAGUUGUCCUGGAGGCGGCGCUGCAGGCGCAAGACUAUUUUUCGGCCAUUGAUUUGAAUUUGGGGUGUCCGCAAGCUAUUGCCAAAAGAGGGCGCUACGGGGCUUUUCUGCAAGAGGAUUGGCCGCUUUUACAUCGAAUGGUAAACCUCUUAAGCACCAACCUAAAAAUCCCAGUGACGUGCAAAAUCCGCCGCCUCGAAACCAUAGAAAAAACAGUGGCGUACGCCCAAAUGCUAGAAAACGCAGGCUGCAAAAUGCUCACAGUCCAUGGCCGCACCCGAGACCAAAAAGGCCCUUUGACAGGCCUGGCCGAUUGGUCCUUUAUCAAAGCUGUCAAACAAUCUGUCAAAAUACCUGUCAUUGCAAAUGGAAAUAUACAAAACCUACAAGACUUGGAAAGAUGUUUGACAGAAACUGGGGUUGAAGGAGUGAUGACAGCUGAAGGGAAUUUGUACAACCCGGCGAUUUUCUUAGGCCGCAACCCGCCUUCAUGGAAAAUGGCCUUAGAAUAUUUAGAGUUGACAGAAAAGUUUUCUUGUCCUAAUAGCUAUAUUAGGGGGCACUUGUUUAAGAUUUUUCAUCAUGUAUUAUCUUUGACAGAAAAUAAUGACUUAAGGGUGCAACUAGGAGCUGCCAAUACCUUAGAGCAAUUUAAAAAUAUUUCAAAUAAAAUCAAAAUUUCAUACGAAAAAUACCAUAAGGGCCUGUCAAUUUGGCCUCACAGUGACAACUAUGACAUGACAUUGCCUCCUUGGUUAUGUCAGCCUUAUGUCAGAAAUACCGCCUCAGCAAGUUUAGCAGUCAACAAGAGACAGUACGAGGACCCUGAAGGCAACCCAAUAAGCAGGAAAAAGAUGAAAAAAUUACGGCGAAUUUUACGAAGGCCUGAAAAACUUGACUCAAGGCCUGCUAAUAUGGAAAAGUGUUGUCAAUGUCAAAAUCCUUUGGGAUCAAAGUGUCAUUAUAGGUUGUGCAGGAAAUGUUGUAGGGAUAAAUGUUUUUUGGAAAAUUUGGAUUGUGAGGGACACAGGAUUUUGGUUAGGACUAGGAGGGAGAUGGCCAAGUCCUAUGCGCUUCAAAAAUUAAUAAAAUAAAGAA